AUCCAGCUGCUCUUCUCCUUGAAAUCUCUCUCUUCUCCAUUUCUGGAGUCUUCCAUCAUCGAAGACCUACCUCCAGUCGGGCCUGAACGGGCCUUUGCAGUUUUGGCGUGCAGAAGAAAACAUAGUUCUAAUAGUUUCUUGGCUUCUCAAAAUGCCAAAAGAUAGAAGGGUGAAUUCCUCGUCUUUUGACAGGGCUACCGUGUCUCCUUAUUCUUGCAGCUCUAAGAUUUCAGAUCGCAAAAAUUGCGACAGCUCUUCCCCUCAAGUCGGGGAUGAAAGAGAAUGGGAAGAGGCUCGAUGCCCCAUUUGCAUGGAGCACCCUCACAAUGCUGUCUUGUUACUUUGUUCUUCUCGGGAGAAAGGUUGUCGUCCUUUCAUCUGUGACACAAGCUAUCGACACUCCAAUUGUCUGGAUCAGUACCGCAAGUCAGCUGCUGCAUCAUGUCUACCUGGAGAACAGCAAUCUGAGCUUGUCUGCCCCCUUUGCCGGGGGGUAAUAACUGGAUGGGAUGUCAUACAGCCAGCACGGACCUUCAUGAAUUCCAAAAUGAGAAGCUGUUCUCUAGAAACAUGUGGUUUCACCGGAAAUUAUGCCGAGCUAAGGAAGCAUGCUAGGCUCGAGCACCCCUACGAACGACCAUCGGAGGCCAGCCCCACCCGGCAAUCAAAUUGGGCAUUGCUGGAGCAACAAAGGGAAAUUGAGGAUGCACUUGCACACCAAUCAGAUAUUGAGUAUGACUGGGAUGGUUGGCCUAGCUGGGAUGAAUGGGGUGAAGAUGAUUUGUGGAGUGAUGGAAGCUUUUUUGACUUCCCAAGUGGAAUGUCCGACAUUGAGGACGAAUUGAUAGAUGAAAUGUUUAGCGGGCUCUCUUUAUCUUUCUUUAGUUUGUAUGCAUCUCCUGAGGAGGAGAUGAUGGAUUCUGGUAGCUCAAGAGGUAGUGACAGGCCCCAGAGGAUAGCUGUGUCCACCAAUUCACGCCCAAGGUCAAGUAAUGAAGUAGGAAAUCCAUUGGCAAGCUCAAGGUCAAGAUCAAGUUAUCAGAGUGAAACAAGGUCAAGAUCAAGUUAUCAGAGUGCAAAUGGUGCAACCAUUUCAAGGUCGACAGUUGGUUAUCACAGAGAAAAUGAUGUGACAAAUUUAAGGUCAAGAUCGAGUUACCACCAAGGAAAUGGAUCAAUAAUUUCAAGUCCAAGAUCGAGUUAUCACAGGGGAAAUGCAAAUGCCCGGACAAGUCUAAGGGCAAGAUCCAGUUAUCCCAGGGAAUACAGCUCAACUAUUUCAAGGUCAAGAUCAAGUUAUCAUAGAGAAAAUGCCCCAGCCAGUUCAAGAACAAGAUCACGCCAUCAAAGAGAAUACGACCCUUUAAUUUCAAGGGCAAGCACGAGGUACUAUCGCACGGAAGUUGCACCUCGUGAGAGACACUCUGCUACUAGAUAUUUACCUGGCCCAUCAAGGCAGCCUCGUUCUAGUUUUGGAGGCCGCGAAGAAUAAGAAUCUUCAAUUGUUGUACAAUGCUUUGUCUGUUUCUGGAAACGGUAGUUUUUGAGUCAAGAUCUUUUCUUUUCAUUUUUGAACUCGUGAAGCUUCUAUCUUUUUGUCUCUUCCAUGGUCGGUCUUUGUUUAUUUAUUGGUAUUUAUUUGUUGAGUGGUGAUUUUCA